AUGGUCCUUAAGUGCACCUCCAUGCUAAAACAAGGCUCUCAUUUUUAUAUCCUGGGAAGGGAGCGGAGCGCCCCUCAAUGUUAUCUCACUGGUAGUGCAUGGUUCUCAGAGAAGAAGAAAAAGGCUGGAGAAGGAAAGGCAGCAGCCUCCAAGAAGAUCCUUACUGAGCAGGAAGCUGAAGCAAUGGAGUCAGAGACCAGUCAGGCCACAACAACAGCCACUACUAGCACAGUCAAUUCUAACACAGUCACAGACACUGCUACCACAACGCAGACAGGGUCAGCUGCUGAUGAAGACUCUAAUGACCAGUCCAAGGAGGCCCUGACACAGGACCAGCCUGACAACGAGGAGCUACUCCCUGGUGAUGACCAGUCUGAGGAGGGUCGUGCUGCUGCUGGCGCUGAAGACUCUGACUCUCAGCCCCCACACUUGGAGAGAGAUUAUGAACAGCGUCAACCUCAGAAGAAGUCUCUCCGCAAGGCCCUCCUGCUCGACAAUGACACUCAGGAGCAACUCAUCGAGUGGAUCCGGGAGCACGAACUUUUGUGGAGGAAGGGGGCCACCGAGUACAAGGAUACAAAGAAGAAGACAGAGCUUUGGGUCACGAAGGCAAGAGAGCUGGACAAUGAGGGGGGAGCUGAAGCUCUCAGGACAUGGUGGAGGUCAGUCCGUGACCUCUACGCGAAGCUACUCUCCAAGAAGUCUGGUCAGGCUGCAGCGAAGUUGACGGACAGAGAACUGUUCAUCCACAGGACAUGUGCCUUCCUGCACAAGGAGGUGAAGCCCAGGAAAGCCAGCCAGACUUCUGAUUUUAGCAGUCAGCCUGCAGCAGUCCAGCCCUCGGCGCCUGCUAGCACCUCUCGCCAGCCUUCCAACGACGUCGAGGAAGAGGACGAGGGCUCCCUCUCGCUCAUUGAAACUCAAGCGGCAGUCACGAGGUCCCUGGGCAGCACCCCACCAGCUCCCUCCUCCACCACCACUAGACCACGCCGUGCCGCCACCAGAGCCGAGCCUGAAGACUCCCCUGCGAUGCUGGAGAAGAUGGAUUGUAUGAAGGCCACCAACUCCCUAAUUGAGAGACUGGUCCAAGCCCAAGAGAUCAGCCAUGCAAGGCAGCCCUUCAUCACGUACAUGUCCCAGUCUCUCCAACGACUACCUGAGGCCCAGUACCAGCUUGCAGUGGAGAGAAUGACUUGUAUUAUGUAA